AUGUCCAUCAAGAGCGUUCAAGACCGUGACCCCCCUCGCCCGCAACGACCAAGUUCCUCAAAAGCCAGCGGCGCCUUCCAGCUCACCAUGGCUCGACAGUCCGCUCCGUAUUCCGACAUGCUACUGGGAGAUAUGCACCUCAUCAGCACGGACGACGUCGACGCCUGGACACGAGCCCCCCAUCCGCUGUACACGUCGCAGCUCCACCGUCACCAGUUCGGCCUUGCUGCCUGCCCUCCAGCUUCAGCUCCAGCCCCGCUCAUCCGUUACACUUCAAUGCCUGGGCGUCAAAUGACAGCUGCCAUCUUCCAGCAGCAGCAGCAGCAGCAGAAAAAGCACCACCAACAGCAGCAGUCAGCGCUGUUUACAAUGGGUGCACCCCCGACCCUCGUUCGGCAUCACAGCCACAACUACGUGUCGACCUUGCAGGCCCCUCCCCAUCAGCAUCAACCCCAGCAGGGGUUUCCAACCCCCUUGAACACCGCCUCGAUGCCUUCUCGUCACGUGCACGAGAACGAGAUGCAGUACUUAUUGGAGAUCAGUAUGGACCAGCAGCAGCCGUUGCAGUACCCAGUUCCAACGCCGCAGCGGCUGGUUAAAGUCGAAGCAACACCUUCGUCCCCGUCCGUGAACGUCGAGCCCAUUGCGUUCACGAGUGCUGAUCACAGUACAAAAAUGGCCGUCGACGACCUCGACCCGAUCGCCUUCAGUGUCUUUAGCAGGACAUCUACUGCUGCUUCUACCAAGUCUGGAUCGUUCAAUGUGCUGGCUCAAAACAGCGGUCACCCGAUCGAGUCGGCCUUUGACUCGCUCGACCGGCUUUUGCCCGAGAUGGAACAGGACCUGAUGUUUCGGCUGCCCGAGCAGGCAGUAGCUGGUUUUGACUGUAUGCAGACGACGGGCAAUAAGUCUCCAAAAGGCCUGAGCACUUGCAAAGUGAGUGAGUGCGACCGUCGGGUGCGGUCCAAGGGGUUCUGCAAGACGCACGGUGGUGGCCGCAAGUGCAGCAUUGACGGCUGCAAGAAGUCGAGUCAGAACGGAGACUUUUGUAUCGGCCACGGCGGUGGCAAGAAGUGCAAGGAAGACGGGUGUGCCAAGGCAGCACAGUCCCAUGGGUUGUGCAAAGCUCACGGCGGUGGGGCUCGUUGCAAGUACCCUUGUUGCAGCAAGAGUUCCCAGGGAGGCGGGCUCUGCCGUGCACAUGGAGGGGGCAAGCGCUGCCAGGCUGCUGGGUGUCCGAAAGGGGCUCAGCGUGGCAACUUUUGUGCGACCCAUGGCGGCUUCCGCAAUUGCAAGAUCGAAGACUGCUUACGCACGGAUCGUGGGGGAGGGUACUGUGAGGUGCAUCGACGUGGUCGCCUCUGUAAGGUGGACGGGUGCAAGAAACUCUCUCGGAAUCAGGGCAUGUGCACGAUGCACAUUCGUGAGGACAAGCAGGUUUCGAUUGACCCACUCACCUCCUGA